GGGCCGGGGCCGGGGCCGCCCGCCCGCCUGGGCUCUGGCAGAGGUUGCGGUUUCUACGCUCAAAUGCUGGGGGGCCCACCGGUGCGAAGGGGUGCACAUGAAGUCACCGUGAAGAGAGUGGCUCUCGCUUCCACAGACCUCGUGGCUGCGAGGUGAGGCUAAGAUGAGCAUAACCAGCGACGAGGUGAACUUCCUGGUGUAUCGCUACCUCCAGGAGUCAGGCUUCUCCCACUCGGCGUUCACCUUCGGCAUCGAGAGCCACAUCAGCCAGUCGAACAUCAACGGGACGCUGGUGCCGCCCGCCGCCCUCAUCUCCAUCCUGCAGAAGGGGCUGCAGUACGUGGAGGCCGAGAUCAGCAUCAACGAGGACGGCACGGUGUUCGAUGGCCGCCCCAUAGAGUCCCUGUCCCUCAUCGACGCCGUGAUGCCCGAUGUGGUGCAGACGCGGCAGCAGGCCUUCCGGGAGAAGCUCGCGCAGCAGCAGGCCAGUGCGGCGGCGGCGGCAGCAGCAGCAGCAGCAGCAGCAGCGGCAGCCACGGCGGCCACGGCGGCCACGACAGCCACGGUGACCCCAGCAGCUGUUCCCCAGCCCAACGCCCCAAAGAAUGGGGAAGCCACAGUGAACGGGGAGGAGAACGGAGCACAUGCCAUAAAUAACCACUCGAAGCCCAUGGACAUAGACGGCGACGUUGAGAUCCCACCCAACAAAGCCACGGUGCUUCGGGGCCACGAGUCCGAGGUCUUCAUCUGCGCCUGGAACCCCGUCAGCGACCUCCUGGCCUCGGGGUCCGGAGACUCGACGGCGCGGAUCUGGAACCUGAACGAGAGCAGCAACGGGGCGUCCACCCAGCUCGUGCUGCGGCACUGCAUCCGCGAGGGCGGCCACGACGUGCCCAGCAACAAGGACGUGACCUCGCUGGACUGGAACAGCGAUGGGACGCUGCUGGCCACGGGCUCCUACGACGGCUUCGCGAGAAUCUGGACGGAAGACGGUAACCUGGCCAGCACCUUAGGCCAACACAAAGGCCCCAUCUUUGCCUUGAAAUGGAACAAAAAGGGGAAUUACAUUUUGAGUGCUGGUGUGGACAAAACAACAAUAAUUUGGGAUGCCCACACGGGAGAAGCCAAACAGCAGUUUCCAUUUCACUCUGCCCCCGCCCUCGAUGUGGACUGGCAGAACAACACGACCUUCGCCUCCUGUAGCACCGACAUGUGCAUUCAUGUCUGCAGACUCAGCUGCGACCGCCCCGUCAAAACCUUUCAGGGACACACAAAUGAGGUCAAUGCCAUCAAGUGGGAUCCUUCUGGAAUGUUGCUGGCGUCCUGCUCGGACGACAUGACGUUAAAGAUCUGGAGCAUGAAACAGGACACGUGUGUCCAUGACCUGCAAGCUCACAGCAAAGAGAUCUACACCAUAAAGUGGAGUCCCACCGGGCCCGCCACCAGCAACCCGAACGCCAGCAUCAUGCUCGCAAGCGCUUCGUUCGACUCCACGGUCCGGCUGUGGGACGUGGAGCGCGGCGUGUGCAUCCACACACUCACCAAACACCAGGAACCUGUCUACAGCGUCGCGUUCAGCCCCGACGGCAAGUACCUGGCCAGCGGCUCCUUCGACAAGUGCGUGCACAUCUGGAACACUCAGAGUGGGAGCCUGGUCCACAGCUACCGAGGCACUGGUGGCAUCUUCGAGGUCUGCUGGAACGCCCGAGGGGACAAAGUGGGCGCCAGUGCGUCCGACGGCUCCGUGUGUGUGUUAGAUCUGCGGAAGUGACCGCCGUGUCCGGGAGACAGAAGAGAAGUCAUGGACCAGCGGUGGGCACGGGGCCUUGGCACCCCUGAGACUGGAUCCUGCAGCUGCGAGACUGCGCGGGCGUGGCAUGUGGGCAUGACUUUGGAGCCAGCCCCUCCCCGGCCGCGCCCCGGAGCCUGUAUUCCGCAGUCCUCACCGAGCGUGUCACACACACACACAGCUGUAUCCGAGGGGGGCAGCCUGAUGCCACCAGCCGGGGGGUGCGGGCAGACGGCUCCGAUGGCUGCCAUGGUGGGGGGGAAGCUGUGCCAAAAAAGGGGAGAAAGAAAACUGCUGUGAUCACCCGAAAGGGGGUAGGAAACUCUCCCCCGCC